GCCCGGCGCGCGGGCCGCUCAUUUCCGCCGGACGCGCGGGCUCGGGGCGGAUGGAGGCGGCGCGGAGGUCGAGGCUGAGCCUGAGCCGCCGGAGGCCGCCCACGGGGGUCGGGUCCCCGAGCAACCCCCCCGCUUCCCCUCCGGACGGCGGCGAGUGUGCGCGGCCGUGGGCUGAGCUGCUGCGCGCCGCGAGCGCGGACCUGAACGUGGACGGCGAGCCGCCGCCGCUGCCCACGUUCCCCGGCCAGGAGCCCAGGCGCAGCCCUGAGCGCGCGCCCCCGGAAAGCUUCACCGUGGGAACCGAGACCUUCUCCUGGACGCCCUUCCCGCCGGCCCCGCGGCGAGGCGGGGACCCGAGCCACUCCGACCGGGUGCUCCGCGAGUUCCUGGGGCGCACGGGGUCCUCCGCCUGGUCUCUCCAACGACACCCCGCGCCCGAGCCCCGCGGGACCUCCAGCGCCGAGGAGCAGCCGUCCGUGGAGGGGUCGCCGACACUGCAGAGCUGCCCCAUGUGCCAGGCCGACUUCGCCCCCAGGCGUAUACUGGAUUUACAAUGUCGUGUUAGUUUCAGGUGUACUACUUUCAACGUUUCUUUGGAGCAAAACCCCACCAGCGCCGUCAGGGGCUGAUUCACUCUGAUGACAAUGCUUUGUGUGACUCAGACGAGCUGGCUGCUACGACAAAACGUCCCGAUGUCUAUGGCCAAGCGCAGCUGAAGGCCGUCUCUGGGCUUCACGCCCGGGGCUCUGCCGUGCCGCAGGCAAGCGUUUGCACGUGUGUGAUGCCAGGAUGGGAAAGAAGCCACCCCUGGGGCCGAGACAGCAGCUUACGUUUCCUCGGUACUUAACAAAAUGUGCAAAAUAUAGUAAAACCUCGCAAAACAGGAUUCAUCGAGAGCUGGAGACAGAAAGGGGAGUAAACACCACAGUCAACUCACAGGCUGGGACCAGGGCAGGAGUAGAGGCCAGAGGCCGGCCCUACCUGCCUGACCCCCAUCACCCGAGGAAAACCUGGGACACGGGGCCUGUCCGAUGGCUGAGGGCGCCGGGGGCAGGGGAAGAGGGGACCGUGGCCCCGUCUGCAUGGGAGAUGCUCUCCUCAGCUCGAGGAUGAGUCAGGCCAGGCCCCUACCUCCCCACAGCCCCCAUGGGAUAAAACACCAGCCCCGGGCUUCGCUGGUGGUGCAGCGGUUAAGAAUCCGCCUGCCAAAUCAGGGGACAUGGGUUCAAGCCCUGGUCCGAUAAGAUCCCACAUGCCGUGUGCGCCACAACUACUGAGCCCACGUGCCACAACUACUGAGCCUGUGCGGCACAACUACUGAAGCCCGUGCACCUAGAGCCCGUGCUCCGCAACAAGAGAAGCCACCGCAAUGAGAAGCCCGCACACCGCAAUGAAGAGUAGCCCCCGCUUGCCGCAACUAGAGAAAGCCCGCGUUCAGCAACGAAGACCCGAUGCAGCCAAAAAUAAAUAAACAAAUUUAUAUAUACAUAUAAAAAAACACCAGCCCCAUACCUCGCUCAGAGGGGGCACCGAUGGCAUGGGACAGUGUGCUGAGAUCAAGAGGUAAUGCCACAUGGACACCAGCAGCUGGCUGCAUCUGGCCCCCGACCCAUGUCUGUCAAUAAAGCUUUAUCGGAACACUGUCUUUGUCUGAACCCCAGUGAGUAGCUGUCACAGAGACCAUGUGGCCCUCAAAGGUGAAAAUACUUACUAUCUGGUCUUUAGAAAAAAAGCGUCUACCGCUGGUGUAAAAAAUAACAAGAACAGCAGCUUUUACAGCCCUCACAAAAUGUCAGGCACUAUUCCAAGCACAUCUGUGUAUAAAACUUAACCUGAGAACCGUGCAGUAGGUUCUAGGAGUUUCCCUAUUUUACAGACGGGGACACUGAGGCACUGGGAGGUGAAAUAACUUUCCCAGGAUCACACAGUUACUGUCUAAUAAGAUCUGAUACCGGGUGAUUUGGAUGAAUCCAGAAGCCAAGCCUGGAGCCCCACCUCCAGUUACCGACCCCCCCAUCACAGGGGUGGCUGCCCCCCAGUGGAGCUCAGGGACAGAAGAAAGGAAAAGAGGAAGCAGACAAGCACCUGGGCUCCCGACAAUGAAUGACAGACAGGAAAGGAGGCUGAGGGCCAAAGGGAGCAUCUCAGGAGAGACCACCCUCAUUCCCGAAGGAAAGCACAAAUCAGAAACGCAAGGCAGGGCUU